UCCGAAAGCCCUCUACCACCGGGUCCGUGUGCCACCUCUCCCUGCUUGGGCGCCGAGGCGCGAGCGCUUCCCUUCCCCCUGCGAGCGCGCGGAUAAUGUCUGAGAAUGUCCAUUUCUGGGACGCUUAGCAGCUAUUAUGUCGACUCGAUCAUAAGUCACGAGAGCGAGGACGCGCCUCCAGCCAAGUUUCCUUCGGGCCAGUACGCGAACCCGCGGCAGCCGAGCCACGCCGAGCACCUGGACUUCCCCUCGUGCAGCUUCCAGCCCAAAGCGCCGGUGUUCGGCGCCUCCUGGGCGCCGCUGAGCCCGCACGCGUCCGGGAGCCUGCCGUCCGUCUACCACCCCUACCUGCAACCCCAGGGCGCGCCGGCGGCCGAGAGCAGGUACCUCCGUACCUGGCUGGAGCCCGCGCCCCGCGCCGAGGCCGCCCCGGGGCAGGGCCAGGCGGCGGUGAAGGCGGAGCCGCUGCUGGGCGCGCCGGGGGAGCUGCUCAAACAGGGCACGCCCGAGUACAGUUUGGAAACUUCGGCGGGCAGGGAGGCUGUCCUGUCUAAUCAAAGAGCCGGCUACGGGGACAAUAAAAUUUGCGAAGGAAGCGAGGACAAAGAGAGGCCGGAUCAAACCAACCCCUCUGCCAACUGGCUGCACGCCCGCUCUUCCCGGAAAAAGCGCUGUCCCUACACCAAAUACCAGACGCUGGAGCUAGAGAAGGAGUUUCUGUUCAAUAUGUACCUCACCAGGGACCGCAGGCACGAAGUGGCCAGACUCCUCAAUCUGAGUGAGAGACAAGUCAAAAUCUGGUUUCAGAACCGGCGGAUGAAAAUGAAGAAAAUGAAUAAGGAGCAGGGCAAAGAGUAAAAGAACCGCCCCCCCCUUCCCUACCUCACUCUGAUUAUUUAUGUGGUGGCUGCAGGGCCACUGCUGUCUGGGAUGUAUCCAAGUGAGUGGGGAAGGGUGUCUCCUCUUUAAAGUCCCGCAUCUGCACCUGGAGCCUCCCCCCCCCCCCCCCCCCUGUCUCUCUUCUCUCUUCUCCCUGGGUGUCAGGAGAAGUUUUGUUAAGUUAGAAACUAGCUGUAGUUGGUUCCUAGGACAAGGAUGAGCCUCGAGGAAAGAGAGCCCUAGUCAAGCUCCUAGCAUCCCUGAUAACUUUUCUGGAAAACCCUGGCCCCUCUCUUUUAACUACCUGCCUGUUCCCUCCCUGAACCUAUCCAGAAGUCACCCAGGAACAGUUUAACUGUCUACACCCCAAUAGAUACCCACAGACAUUAAAGUUUGGAGUCCACACUAAUAAUGGAGAAAGGAAGUUACACCCUACAUGUGCAGACAUUGUUCACCAAACGCAGCUGGGCAGCCCCCAGAUCAGAUUCCUUCAGCUUCUACCCCUGAUCCAAACACACAGGAUAAUGUCUAGAGACGAACCAAAGUCUCAACACGCACGUACUGUACUUAUCCUUAUGGAAUUGCCAACAACACCCCAGGUCUCGGGGCCUGGGGACAGAUAGGACCAGCCCAGUCCCCAAGCUGUUGUGAGCUGGAAAGGGCAAGAAAAAGCAGGGAGAUCUCUUGUGAAGGUAACCUUAGUGGAGCUCCUCUCCAAUGUUUUCUUUGCAGGAAGUGUUUAAUUCUGCAUAUUUUCCUCUCCUUCCAACUAAAGGAGGUCAAAUUGUGGGUCUUGGCCAUGCCGCUCCCCCUGCAUAGGUCCCCUUGACAAACUGUAGCUUUUCUGGCUGACCACAGAUCUUGCAUUUUCCUCCACUCCUUCCAGCUCGGAAAUCAACUCUCCUUUUGGCUAAAUCCAUCUUGUAACAGCGACUCAAGUCUCCCCCUGUAGAAAAAAAAAUCCCUUCACCCCGCUACUAGGUCAACCCUAGCUUAGAGAAGGCCAGGUUAGGAGAGGCUGAUUGAGAAUUUAUUGUGAAUCAAUUCCCCUUCCAGAGCGAGCAGUCAGGACAGGGGAAGCAGUGGCCUCAGCGAGUUGGGUUUGAGGGUCUCUCCCCAUUUCACUAGUUUCCUGGACCAUACAGAAGACAGCCCCUUGGCAUCCAGUCAGGGGGCCACAGGAAGACUCCACCAAAGCUCACCUCCUGCAGAAUAUCCACCCCCUGCAUAAGACACUGCUGUGCCCGUCCAACUGAUGCACGCACACACACGCUUCCGGCAAACAGUCCUGUGUGCAAAGGAAAGAGGCAAAAUCAUGCCUCCCCGGCGGGCAGCCCUGCCUGCCCUCUGCUUCUCUCCUCUUCCUGCUUCUCAAUCCCUUCCACCCGUGGACUCUUUCUCCCGCUUCUCCUGACCCUGCAAAGAGGUCAUUCCAGUAGAACUUCGAAUUUUAUUUUAUUUUAUUUUUGCUUUGUCCGUGGAUGUGGUGAAAUUGUGCUUGUGUUUUGUGGUUUCUUUGGCAAUGAUUUUUUCAGUUGUUGCUCAUUAGGGAGGGUUUGAGGGUGGGAGUUGGGA